AUGAUAUCUAGAGGUUUAACUACACGUGGUACAGUUGCUUUUGCUACUACUAGUAGUAGUAGUAGUAGUAUUAGUGGUUGUGUGAACUCUCUCUAUUCAUCAGGAUCAGUGAAUAAAAAGAAAAUUACAUGUAGCCACGCAGAUCUUCUUGCAUGGGGAUUGUCAUCUCCUGAACUUGAUGCUGGUGUCUCCAAGUCUGAGAUGAAUCGAAUGAAAACACGUUUCUACAAUGCCGGACAACGACGUUGCACGUUGUGUAAUGAAUAUCUUGAGGCCUCUUUCUCUGCUCACUGUGGAUACGUGGGACACAUGGCCCGUGUGGGAAUUCUCGAACGGGCUGUAUCGAUACUUCAAAAAGAAAUAGCCGACCUUAAUACAAAUACAGUGAAUUCUCUACUAACAAUGAAAUCAACAAGUGUGGCACAGAAAGUACAGAAUCUUGUAGAUACUUGGUGGAAACGACUGAAUGAAACAGAACAAGGUGCAGUUCUUGAUUAUAAACGUAUCGCCCCACUUAGUGCACCAACCGCUAAAAAAAGACUUUGGCGUGUACGUUUCCUCUUGGAGUUUUUAAGAGAUCGAGAAGUAAUACGUGAUAGUUUAAGUACUUCAAAAUCUGUGGUUCCAGGUGAUGGAUCUUUUGUUCGUACAAAACGAUUUGAACGUAGUGAGAUGAUUGGAGAUAAUAUUGUAAAAGUUGUUGUUCCAGAUCGACUAACGCGUUUAUUUCCAGCAAAUGAAGGUGGGGUAACGUAUAAACUUGGAUAUAUUCAGCAAUUGCUGGAUAGUAAUGAGGGACUCUUACAGAUAUAUGACUAUAUUGAUCUUGAUACCAUUAUUGGUGUAAAACUACCUAAUAAUAAAACCAAAUCUGAUGUAGUGGAAUCUCUUUUUGGUGAAUUACAAACUUUUUUAUGGGCUAGUGAAAUUGCGUGUGGAAUUUCACAAUAUCCUGCGAUUCCUAAUUCCGAACACCGUUACGUUAAGGCUCUUGUGGAACAUCUCAUGAAUGAACUCACUCACAUGGUCAUUAUGUGGCGUAUUGAAACAACACUGGAGAAUGCUAAAGAUUUUCUAGAAGAAAAACUGCAACGGAAACUACAUCACCAGCAGAGUACUAAAAGAAGUGAAAGUGGCGCUAUAAUUAUUAAGGAAAGUGAAUGUGAUCGUCAUCGUUAUGCUCUACUGCCGCUUUUACUCCCGUUUUCAUACUUGACUACUACCAUAGCAGGAUCAGGAGGCACCAAAGCUACAGGGGCAUCAGAGCAACAUUUUAGUAGACAUAUACCCCUUCCAUUGCAAAUAACUCAUCACAUACAAAAAAAAGGAACUCCUUUGAUGUUAUUUGACAAACCUCUUUCUAGACCUUCGGUGAUGGUACAACAUUACAGAGGCCGGAUGCGGGUUGUACAAUGCGAAAAGAUUUAUAAUCGAGAAGUACUACAGGCGUUAUCUAAUCAACACAAGUCUUUACAAAUGAGUGCUGUCGUGAUGACAUCAUCAUUAUCUAAUAACAAAAAAAGUAGUCCCAGUAAUGGAAUGCCAGUACGAGAGGUAAUGAAGCAUAAGAUGGAAGGGCAUCAACAACAACAACAACAGGGUAUUGGUGUCCCAUGGGGGGAAUUGGCUGCUGAGAAAUACCCAACAUGGUCUCAUGAUGUACGUAUAUCGUCUUUGCGUCAAUGUGUAGAUGACCAUCUGACGCGGCGAGGUGUUUACUUGGAAACUGUUAACUGGAAUGAUAAGAUUACUACUCUAGCACGAGAUAUGAUGAGUAGAUGCUCGAUUGAAAUGCCUGUACUGCAAAACGAACCAAUGAGGAGAACUGAGAAAACCUUAAGAACAAGAGACAUGAAAUGUACAGAAACUCCGAUGCAACCUGUUACUACAAAUCAGACGUUGGAAAGUGUGAUAUGUGAACCAUCUUUAAUGCACAAAAUGCACUAG